CUCCUCUUUCACCAUCAUUAAAAGUUUCUUUAAUUCCUCUUCACUUAAAAUAUUAGCUCUCAGUUAAUUGGUAGCUCACAGUGGCUAAAGAGGGGAAGCUUUUACCCAUUAACAAUUCAUAAAUGGCUCAUUUAACACACUCUGACGUUGCCUCUUGCUCUUCUGCCUGGGGCAUAGGGAGAAAGGAAAAGAGUAGACUGACACACUGCCGCCAGCUUGCGGGUUGACUUUGAAUUUCCUUCUGGAGCUUUUGCAAAAAGCCUCUCCAAGGCUGGAGCUGCUAGCCAUGCAUCUUACCAUGAACUAAAUCUAUGGCUUCUGAAAGAGAUCCCUUCCCCUGAUUGGCCAAGCGGGGAACCGGAUUCCAGCAGGCUGGCUGGCAGCCUGUGGAAGCAGCUGCCGAGCAUUUAUUUAUAUUUCUUGUUGCAAUUUGCGCUCAGCUGUUGCCAAAGCAGGGCUGUGCGCGCAGGCGAGGAAGCGCCUCUCCUGGUCUCUCUUUCUCUCUCCUCGGCUUGCAGGGUCGGAUCCUGCGCCUGCGGAUCGCGCUUCCCAAACCCCCAACCCAACCCUUAACCCAGCCCCCCCCCCCCGCAUGCUGGGUCUUUAUGCACUGCGAGGAAUCCGCUGCGCGAAUAUUUUUGCAUGCCCAGAAAACAUGGCCGAGGCGCAGGCUGGCUCUGGGAAGGUGACUCUUUUCAGCCAGAAAAAACGAGGGGGCCUCACCUACCGCAUCCCGGCGCUGCUUUACCUGCCCUCCGAGUCCACCUUCCUGGCGUUUGCAGAAGAGCGCUCAUCCCCCCGGGACGAAGAUGCUAAGUUCCUGGUGAUGAGGCGAGGGCGGAAGGAAGGAACGUCCGUUCAGUGGGGUCCUCAGGAACCGCUGGAGACAGCUGUGCUGCCCAACCACCGCACCAUGAACCCCUGCCCCGUGUUCGAGAGGAAGAGCGGCACCCUUUUCCUCUUCUUCAUCUGUGUGGAGAAGUACAUCACGGAACGGCACCAGAUCAGCACGGGGAGGAACGCUGCCAGGCUCUGCUACGUCUCCAGCCAAGAUGGCGGCCGCACCUGGAGCCAGGCGACCGACCUGACCGAGGCGGUCAUCGGCGGAGAGCUGACCAAUUGGGCCACGUUUGCUGUCGGCCCGGGCCACGGCAUCCAGCUCAGCUCCGGCCGCCUGGUGAUCCCGGCGUACGCUUACUACAUUCACAAGCGCUUGUUGGGGCACCCUCUGGAGUGCUGGAUCAAACCUCACUGCCUCACUUUCUACAGCGAUGACGGCGGGCAGAGCUGGUCGCGCAGCCCACUCCUUGAUGCCUUGCUGACCUCCGAGUGCCAGGUGGCCGAGCUGUCGUGCCCGGACGACAGCCGGGUCCUCUACUGCAACGCCCGCAGCCUCCACAACUACCGGGUCGGGGCGCUGUGCACCGACAACGGCCACCAGUUUGUCAGCCCCUCCCUGUGCGAGGAGUUGUGCGAGUCUCCGCACGGGUGCCAGGGCAGCGUGGUGAGCUUCUCCCCGCAGCUGGAGCCGUUGGAUCUGGGCCGGAAGAAAGAAGGGGCCAAGUCGUCGGGUCUCGAUCCCUCCUCGGCCCCCCUCAAGGGCGCCCGGUCGUGGCUGAUCUUCUCCCACCCCACAAAAAGGCACAAGCGUGUGGAUCUGGGGAUCUACCUCAACACCUCUCCGCUGGAGAAGGGGUGCUGGAAGGCCCCGUGGGUCCUGAACAAAGGGCCCAGCGGGUAUUCGGACCUGGCCGUGUGCGAGGAGGGCGAGUCGGUGAUGUUUGGGUGCCUGUUUGAGUGUGGGGUGUCCUGCGAGUGUGAGGAGAUCGCCUUCCAACUGUUCACGGGUGUCGAGCUCCUGAGGAACGUGAGGGAAAGCUGCUGUGUUCCCUCUUCUCCCUCGGAAGCAUAGGUGCUCACAGACGUUUAGCACCCCAGGACAGAAAAUGCAGGUGCUCUCCCUUGCCUCUCCUAUGUCUCUGCCUUUAUAUUAUACGGUCUAGGCUUUGGAAAACGACCGUCGUUUUUGGGUGACGAUAAACAGGCCCUCGCUUCUGCCUCCUUGAAAGCAGCCAAACAAAAAAGAAUUACAGUGGUACCUUGGUUCUCAAACUUAAUCUGUUCCGGAAGUCCGUUCCAAAACCAAAGCGUUCCAAAACCAAGGCAUGC